UGUUUGUUCAAUAUAAGUUACCCAGUUAAUUUGCAAAUGCAUCCGAUUUCUGCACAGAUUUCUGAACAGAUUUUCAUGAACAUUUUUUAAAAAAUUCUAUUAAUUUGUAAUUUUAGGCGCGAUCCCUACAAGUACGUGCCUAAAAAGAAGAAACAGAAAAAGGUAGGACCGGUUGAGCCUAUGUAUACUUCAAUUUAUCCAGAUGCAUACUUCACGAAAAAUCCGUUUAUCGAUCCGGAGAGAAUGAGGCCAGGUCCGGUAUACGUUGAAAGAAAACAGAAGAAAGUGAAGUACAGCAAUGAUACCUUUAUACCAACCGGACCAGCGAAAUGGCCCGGUGGAUGUCACGACGGCUGCUUUGAUCCGUUCCCCGAAUGGAAACGAUGCAAGUACGUGAGCAUGCUUCAAGCUAAUAAACCCUUCAUAGGAGACAAAGGCACCUUCUAUCCGCAAUCGAAAGGCAAGAAGACUUUAUUCACUCGUUCCGUCCUCCAGUACAACACUGAUUUGAACGUAAAUAGUCAAAAUUACAAGAAAGCAGUGCCCACCUACACUAAAUAUCUAUUGAACUGUUGAAGAUAAAAUGAAAGACUGUUUGUUUUUAAAUAUUUUAAUCUAACUCGUAACAGUUUGUUUCUUGGUGUGCAUGUGUAUAGUAUGUUUAUGUGUGUUUUGUGUGAACGCGCGUGUUUAUAUGUUUAUUUUCUGUAUUAACAAAUUCAAUCCAAAAAGAAGAAAACCUAA